AAACAGGAGAGUCCUUUGUCAAUUUUCUUUCAUUUCCGUUUUAAUAUUUUCAGGGAGAAACAGCAUUUUGGCUCAGUUUCUAAAAAAAGAAGAAAAUCAAGGAAAAAAGGACCAAAUCGGCAAUUUUAAAUGCAAAAUUUCUAAGUUAAUUUUAAAUUUUGGGUAAUAUUUAUCUUAUUUAUCUGGAAAAUUCUAAAAAUCUAAAUUGGCAAGUAUAAAUGGUAAAAACAAAGCGCAGAAAGAUUGUAAAUUGAGGAGGUCAUUAUUGAUCGAGUAAAGACAAUUUUCUUAAAAAAGGAUAUCCAUUUCCAAAGUGAUGACUAAGAUGAACUCUAAUGUGAUGUCGGAACAAAUCGCGAGUAGAAAGGCGUCUGAAUUUUCGGUUGAAAAGCGGACUGCCUUCAUGAAAGUUGGAAUAAAUAACUGUAAACCUACUAAAGCGUCAUCGUUGGGUAACAUGGACUGCAAUAGGAGGAAGUCGGAAUUGAAAGCUACUAGGCGUGGAAUUGGUAUCAAAGGAAUUUGUGAAGGUUUGGAUUGUCCAGAUCCCGAAGAUUCCCAAGAUUUGGAACCUAUUACCCCCGGUCCAGGAGGAAUUUUCGCAUGCGACCCAUAUAUGCUACCUUACAGCAAUGUAUACUAUCCAGCUGGCCCCUUUGGCCCCAGAGUGGAAUUGUGCCCUUAUGUCCCAUUAACAGAUAGCCCUAUGUCAAACGGUGGUGGUCAUCGCUCUGGCAAAGGCAGCCGCAGUGAAAGGAAAAAUCGCGGACGAGAAAGAUGUUAACCUUCAGUGCUAUUCAGUUUU